UUUCUAAUCGCCUCGCGCACAACAAUGAUGAGUUAUGUGCGUGUAUGUGAAUGGUGGGUGACUCAAAACCGGAUUUUACCAUGUUAAGUUUUUUUUUAUAUCGGGUCCAAUUCAUCCUUACAAAACUUAGACUUGUAAAGCGACGGUGUCACUCGUUAUAAACUUUAGUGGCCUUGUCUGUAAUUGAUGCGACACUUGAAUUUUCCGAUAAUAUGUUGAGUUAGUGUCUGUUUGGAAAAGUGAAAACCACGUUAAAAACGCAUGUCUAUCUAACUUUCUAUUUUGUAGCUUCUCAAUUUCACGUUCAAAUUGGCAUUGGAACGUGAGUUUGACAAUCAAAACUUUGAACCAAACAUGCUAACAGAAAACCAUUUAAAAAUCCACAUUGAGGAAUUAUAAGUAUCUCAAAAUUCUUAAAUCAUUAAUACUUCCUAUUUCAUAAUGUUUUUAACAUGUCCACAAAAUUCCAUACAUUGACACUACAACAACAACCAUUUUUCGGCAGUUUUCUAUGCAAGAGGUUUUGAUAAAUUCAAACGCGGUGAGGAUUGACCACUAAUAUAUGUUUUCAUGUAUUUCUUUUAGGGUGUGUUUGCAAGUUGGUUUUUGGAGGGGCUAAGUUUAUAUUUUGAUAUGUAUUUGAUAUUUUAAAAUUCCAACUUGCAAACACACCCUUAGCAUAUUCUUUUAAAUUUCAACAUUUCCAACACCUUAAAUAGAAAGAAAAAAAAUAUUAUUCCUCUUAACAACGCUCCAGUUUGAAUCUGGUUUAUUGUUAAAGGAAGACAAUUUUAUUACCACUUAGAAGACUUUUAAAGUCAACCGUUCCUUAGAAAGAACCUAUGAUGGAAACUCAACCAACCACCAUAUCAAAAUGGUUCUAUUCUUCCUUCUAUGUUUUUUUUUUUCAUUUCUAUUAUACUUAUUUUUUCAGUCACCUUCUUGUAAAUUCACAGGUAUUUUUGACAUGCAAAAAUAAUCACAAAUCUUUGAACUCUCAGCCAUGGAUGAGAAAGUAGAUUGGUCUCAUCUCCCCAAAGAGCUAUGGUCCAAGAUAGGGAAGUAUCUUGAUAAUCACAUAGAUAUUCUCAGAUUUCGGAGUGUAUGCGAAUCAUUUCGUUCUUCCAUUCCUCCAUCUCAUCCAAAUUCUCCUUCUUUUCCUUUACAAAUACCUCACACCAUUUUUGACUCCCUAUAUUACCUUCAUCAAUCAACUAUUUAUCUUAUUGAACCAACUAAUGGAAGUUCCAACUUCAAUUUACCACCUUUAGCACCUUCUUAUACCAAAGGUUGGUUGAUCAAAGUGGAAGAAUCAAAUAAUAAUCCUUUGAAGAGUUUGUUGAGUCCUAUCUCCGACUGCAAAUUAUCAUAUCCUCUUGACAGUAACAACAGUUCUCCAAUUAUAUGGAACUUGUUGAAUUAUAGGGUCAUUGAGCUAUGCAAGUCAUAUACAUUUCAAAAGACACUAUACUCACCAAGUUAUGUGAGCAAAGUUGUGUUCUAUCCUAACUCUCCUCGGAUUAAUGUUGGGGAUUGUGUAGCCUGUUGUAUCUUUCAAGAAGGUAAAUUAGGAUUCAUGAAAUAUGGAGACACAAAAUGGAAACUUGUGGAUGAAAACAAUUUCUUCUAUGAUGAUGUCAUUGUGUUCAAGGGUCUGUUUUAUGUUACUGAUAGAUGGGGAACUAUUUCAUGGAUUGAUAUUUCUUCUUUGAGGUUGAUACAAUUUGCACCUCCUUUGUGUGGGUUUGGAAACAAGAAACAUUUGGUGGAAUCUUGUGGGAAUCUUUAUGUUGUUGAUAGAUACUAUGAAGGUGAAAACAUGAGAAGUAACAAUGUUGGAAGACACCAUGAUCAAGACGCGGUUGUGGAGUGUUUCAAAGUUCAUAUGUUGGAUGAAGAAUGGGGGAAAUGGGUUGAUGUGAAAAAUUUGAGAGAUAGAGCCUUUGUUUUAAGCAGAAGUUGUAAUUUCUCAGUUUCAGCUAAAGAAUUAAUUGGAUAUCAAGGGAAUUGCAUCUACUUUAAGGAUACUUUUAAUGCUCGUAUGUACAACUUGGAUGAUAAUAUAAUCAUUACCAUUGAUCUUGAUCCUUGCAUUGACAAGACUUUGUUGUCUCAUUCACGUUGGAUGAGAUGUUAAGAGCACAUAACAGGUCUAGCAAUGGAGUUUUAAAGUUAAAAGAGUCUGUAUGAAGAAGAACGCCUCUCCAUAAAGAAGUGCAGAAUGUCGUUUUGAGGAUGAAAGACUUGGUACAUCAGAAUGACAUCUUCUACAUGUUUUCUUGUUACUGUCUAGCUUGCUUCUGUCAUGAUUAAUUUUCAGCUGAGAAUUUGUUGUCAAUGUAUAUAAUUAUUAUUCCUUAAAGAUCAGGGCACAAUGUUUUUAUUUUAUUUUAUAGUUUUACUUGUGAAAAGAUCAUAUACAAUAUACCAAUCAAUGUUGAGACAAACUUAGAAAUCAUUUGCACUAAGAUUAACAUUCAA